AAAUAAUCAAAACAUUAAAACAGAUGACGCCAUUAACAAGAAAAGCAGAGAGUAUGAGGUUGGUGUUGAAGGUUUUCGCAGUUGUAGAAUUAGUGCUUCUGAUAGUCCACCCAGGCGCUCAAGCCUUGAGCAGAGACGAGUUCCCUCGUGACUUCGUGUUUGGUGCAUCAACCUCAGCUUACCAGGUUGAAGGUGCAGCAAAUGAAGAUGGCAGGAAGCCAAGCAUAUGGGACACCUUCUCUCAUGCUGGAAAUGCGAAUCUGUAUGCUGGUAAUGGAGAUGUUGCAUGUGAUCAUUAUCACAAAUAUAAGGAAGAUGUUAAGCUCAUGGCCAACAUGGGCUUAGAAGCCUACAGAUUUUCCAUAUCAUGGUCAAGGCUUAUUCCAGAUGGAAGAGGACAAGUGAAUCCCAAGGGACUACAGUUUUACAACAAUCUUAUUGAUGAAUUGAUCAGCAAUGGAAUAGAAGCACAUGUUACAUUAUACCACUGGGACCUACCACAAGCACUUGAGGAUGAAUAUGGAGGAUGGGUCAGUCGAAGAGUUGUUAAAGACUUCGCAGCAUAUGCAGAUGUGUGCUUUAGAGAAUUUGGAGACAGAGUUAGGUAUUGGACUACGUUGAAUGAGGCCAAUGUUCAUGCAGUAUUUAGCUAUGAUAUAGGACUCUUACCACCUCAGAGGUGUUCACCUUCCCCUAUAAUAAAUUGUUCCAGAGGAAAUUCCUCAACUGAGCCAUAUUUGGUUGGUCAUCAUAUGUUGUUAGCCCAUGCUUCAGCUGCUAGGGUAUAUAGGAAGAAGUACCAGGGCAUGCAGCAUGGCUUAAUUGGGUUUAAUCACCUUCUUCCUGGUUUUCUUCCUCAAACAAAUUCUACUGAAGAUUUAAUGGCCGUUCAAAGGGUCCAGGACUUCUUGAUCGGGUGGUUUAUGAAUCCCUUUAUGUUUGGAGAUUACCCAGAUAUAAUGAAAAAGAAUGCUGGCUCAAGGCUUCCUUCCUUAACUCAAAAGGAAUCAAAUCUAGUGAAGGGCUCAAUCGAUUUCUUAGGAAUAAACUUUUACUACUCUCUUUAUGUUAAGGACAGUCCAGACAACCUGAAGAAGAAGAACAGGGAUUACCUAGCAGAUUUAUCAGCAAAAUUUCAACUAUACAUUCCAAAUAAUAGAGCUAAAUAUGAGGUGCCAAUUACUCCCAAGAUUCUCCUAAGGAUGUUAGACUCACUAAGGAACGCUUAUGGCAAUAUUCCAAUUUUCAUACAUGAAAAUGGCCAAGAAACACCUCAUAAUUCAUCAUUAGAUGACCGGUCGAGGGUGAAUUACUUGCAUGCAUACAUAGGAAGCAUGGUUGAUGCACUCAGGAGUGGAUUAAACGUAAAAGGUUACUUUGUGUGGUCUUUCAUGGAUGCAUUCGAGUUAUUGGGUGGAUAUGAGAGAAGUUAUGGCCUAUUUUACGUGGAUAUGAAUGAUCCAAACUUAAGGAGGCAACCUAAGCUUUCUGCUGAAUGGUACUCCAGCUUUCUGAAAGCGAAGUCUAUGGACCCAGAGAUUACAAAGGAAUCUCAGAACAAUGCAAAAUACAAUCCCUCACUCCAUAGUGCUACAUACACUAAUCAGAACAAGUUUAAAAUUCAGAGCGAAUAAUAGAAGGUUUAUGAGGUCCAAAUCAUAAUGUAUAAUGACUAAAUAAUUUUUAUUUGUUUUCAUUUUCUCCAA